AUGUCAGUAGAAAAUAAAAAGGUUUUUAUGACACAAGAAGGAGAAUCAUCAUUUAAUUUGAAUUGUUUUGACGAUGAUUUUGAUAAGAACUUAGAGAAAAUUAAUGAAUAUUAUGAAUAUCUUGAGACACACAGUUUUAUAGAACUAGAUUGGAAAUGUCCAGGACGAAAGAAUAUUCAACAAAAAGUUGAAGAAAAAGUCACUCCAGUUUUCGAAACACAGCCUAAAGAAAGUGGACAAACAAAGAAUAUGGAAUUUGAUUUUGAAGACGAGCCAAGUAGUUUUACAGUUAAUAGAACACCUAAAACUUUAUCAAAUAAGAAGAAGACUGUCACGACAUUUAACUCAGUCAUGGAGAGAAUCAAAAAGCACGGGAAUACACCGAAAUAA